CCGUGGUCGGCGUCGCAUUCACGCUCGACAGUCGUCGCGGCGGCCGUCAAGUAGUUGGCACAUCGCUUUCGGACCGCCAGCGGGUCGGCCGCCUCUUGUUCCGGUCACACGGCACGGGCGAAUGUGACAGCCUCUUCAAAAUGGUGCGCGGCGUGCCCGCUCAGGCCCCGACGACGCAGUACGCCCGUCGUCUCCCCGUGCCGACUGCGUCACCCAAGGGGCCCAGCGACAGCUGUCGCGUCGUCGGCGUGUCUCCUCGAGUGCAGCUUGGCGCGGCGGAGAGCCGGGCUUCGGGCAUGGCUGCCGCUGCGGUUCUGGCGCCUACGGUGCGCGGCCGGGACCCUCAGCUGCCGCAAGGGUCCAGGACUCCAGAGGCCAGCAGGCGCGUGCAGCGAGCCCUGCUUAAGCUCGAACUUCCCGACUGGUUUUGCCAGCACUACAGGCCUCCCAGGAGGGAUCAUCCCUGGCUCGGAGACGAUGGCGCCGCUCCGCAGUGGCCCAAGUGGCGCGCGCUUCCGGGCAAGGACGCCAAGCAGCCGACAAGUCUACGGCCUGUCCAGGCAGCUGAGACAUCGCUGCCGGCUGACCGCAGGAAUCUGGUGAUCCCCAAACGGGUCACCUUCCGCGAGAAAGGCUCGUCCCGCAGCUCCGUCAGGCCCUGGGUGUACCGGUCGCUGCGGUCGCCGCCAUACCUGGGCUGGCGCAGCGCGGAACUGACCACGUCUACUGCGGUGUUGCCCCCUCAGAAGCAGCGGCAAGCUACCGUACGGUGACCAACGCUCGUCGACCAAAGCUGUCAACACUUGUCACCGCAGCACGUCCGCACCUCCCACCGAGACUAUGUGUACUCAUCGUUCCACCCUGCACAAUGCUCGCAAGAAAGUCUCAGUAUAGCCCGGGAUGCACUCGCGCUCGCACCGUGGCACAAUUGCGGAACGCCCUUGUAAUGCUUGUUUCAUUCGCCCUAUAGUAGAGAAACACUGGGGCGUCUGAACUCAAAGAGCUCUUUUCACCUGGGCUAGUUUGUGUAGCACAAACCUGCAUUCACGCUUGGAACUACAGCAUUAAAGAUGAACGCUUUAUCGCUGUACUUCAUCUUUAUAGUCCCAGGUUCGAGUUUUCGUCGAACCUUGUACUAUAAGUAUGAAUACUGAAAGGGAGGAAGCACGAGAUGAGUAUUGUUCUGCCUGCUGUCUGUCACAGGCUUUCUUCUUUUGUGACUGAAGUUCUGUGACGUAAGAGCGUGAGUUUCCGGCUACAGUUUGAUAGGAAGACGCAGCUUCGCUUGGCAUUAUUUGGAAGGAGUAGACGGCCUUGUAUGAGAGAACGGCUCAGUGUUCAGGCGCAGUCUUUGUCAAAAGCUUGAUGGCCGAUUCGCAAUUGAUGACAACUCCUGAUCGCCGUCACUACAAAAUUACGGCAUAUCGUUAUGUAACACUUCUACGUGGCACCUUCGUGCUCGAAACAGAUGUGACUGCUGUAUUGAUCAACGUCCGAUAGUUUGACGUGAGAAUUCAUGGUCCAUGGCUGGCUAUAUAGAGCGUCGGCUAUGUGACAGGUAUAUAUGGUGGCGCGUUCUGUGGUGUCUUGAAACACGGCAAGCGUUGCGGUUUAGCUAGACGUAUGUUUAGAGUUGUAGUUUCUGGACGAGGCAACUUCUUCCUGAUUUGCGAUGCUCCACACCAUUGGCCCUCGUCACUUCACAAACCACCUAUAGUAAACAGAAUACAGAGAAACAAAACAAAUAAAAUGGCUGGAGUCCGCCUUACACGGUCUCCUUUCACAAACGUUGGUGUUCUUCGCAGGGAUGUUAUAGUGUUACUGCAUUAUGGCUAACUUAGGCGCGGGCGCUGUCUCUGGGGCAACAAAACGCACAAGUUUGCUGCACUUCACGGAGAUGAAUCGCCUAGGCAUCUCAUAGAUUCCUCUUCUGUGCAAAGAAAGUGUCAUGAUUGAUUUCGGUAGCUAUAAAAACCGCUUACGCGAAAGUGUAUUUAUGCUAUUUGUUUAUAUAUACGUAGGUGUCCUUGACAAUUGUUUACAAGGCUUAACGCUUUCAGCGUUAAGGCUUGGUGUUUUGUUGAAACGCUGACCAUUUUAUGCUUUACUGCGAACGCUUACUAAAAAAAAAUGUCGCGUUUGUUGCUCGUAAAUGUCUCGGUAUACAGACCACGUUAUGCUUAUUUUUUAACGCGCGAAGCGUGUGCUUCUGUGGGCGUGUUUUGUAUACCAUGAACACCGAUGAUUUUGUUGCUUGGCACGAGCUGCCGAACGAGUGCGUUGCUGACAGCUGCGUUUUCGCUCCUAAAAGAGUGUCGGAUUAUUGGUCUCACGCCGCGAUGGCAGACUGCCUCCAUUUCGUUGCCUCUCGAUCGAUAAGGUUCGUUUGAUGUGCAAGAUGAUGCGAUGAUAAAGAAUGGAAGCCAAGCUCGUGGA